UACAUGUGAAGUGUCGCGAAGGAUAAUUAAUCGCCGUCGCGCCCGCUGGUUUACCCGGCCCAGCAAACAUGAGCUGGGGCACGGAGCUCUGGGACCAGUUCGAGAAUCUAUCCCUGCACACACAAAAAGGGAUAGAAUUUCUCGAGAGGUAUGGCCACUUCAUACGUGAUCGUUGUGCGAUCGAAUUCGAAUACGCAGCGAAACUCAGGCGUCUCGUGAAGAGUUAUCAACCGAAGAAGAAGGAGGAAGAGGAUUAUCAGUAUAGUCCUUGUCGGGCAUUUAAAAUGGAAUUGAACGAAGUGAACGAUCAAGCCGGUCAGCGGGAGGUAAUCGCGGAAAACCUCCAGGCCAACGUUCUACGGGAACUUAACAUCCUGGUUAAGGACUUCAAAGAGGAUCGCAAGAAGCAUCUGCAGGAGGGCGCGCGACUAAUGGCCACCCUAGCCGGUCAGAUCGGCAAUCUGGAGCGUGCCAGGAAGGCCUAUGAGAAGGCUUUCCGCGAGGCGGAGCGCGCUGUGGAGAACUACCAGCGAGCGGACGCGGAUCUUAAUCUUUCGAGAGCAGAGGUCGAGAAACAGAGAAUGAAUAUGACUAUGAAGACCCAGCAGAGCGAGGAAGCCAAAACGGAGUACGCAAAUCAGCUACAAAAAACGAAUGACAUGCAGACGUUGCACUACCACACAGCGAUGCCGGAAGUGUUUCAACAUCUUCAGGAGCUGGACGAGAAGAGGAUAAAAAACAUGCGGAAUUAUAUGAUGAAAUCUGUAGAGAUUGAGCGGGCAGUGGCACCGAUAAUUGCCCAGUGCUUAGACGGCAUUGAGAAGGCGGCGAACGAGAUUAACGAGAAGGAGGACACAAUGUUGGUAAUCGAACGGUAUAAGAGCGGUUUCCAGCCACCCGGAGAUUUUCCCUUUGAAGACUUAUCGGUUGCUAAGAACUAUGAGAGCAACAGUCAAUUGGCUCAGCCCGUUAUGCAGCCAAUCCAUAAUCACCUCACGGUCAAGGGUACCGUCUCCGGUGGCAAGAUCAAGAAGAGGGUCGGCCUCUUCGGGAUUUUCGGCAGUAAUAAGAAGUUGAUCGAGGUGUGCAUAGCUUUAAAGAACAAUGUGCCUGGCUACGGUGAUGGUGCCAAGGAGGACUGCAGCGAUUUGCCACCGAAUCAGCGGAAGAAACGAUUGCAGCAGCGACUGGACGAGAUCCAGGCGAAAAUCCAACAGGAGACCGCAGCGAGAGAUGGUCUAAUGAAGAUGAAAGGCGUAUAUGAACAGAAUCCCGCUCUCGGAGAUCCGAUGAGUAUAGAGGGGCAACUAAACCAGUCCAGUAACAAACUGGACAAGCUCGGAGUUGAAUUGGCAAAGUUUCAAGGCUACCUCGAAGAAGCAAUGCGUGCUGGUGCCAGUUUGUCUAGCCCAAGUCAAGCACAGCGAAAACCUACUACUAACGGUUCGGCAACGAGGCCAUUAAGUUCACGAAGAGGUAGUCAUUCGGGCGGCGAGGAGAGCCUUUCGAGAUCCGCUUCAGAUUCGAGCGUCUGUAAUGCGAACGCGAAUCAACCGGUUCACAAGAAAAGCGCACCGAGCACACCACAACCAACUCAUGGUUCCACGAACAGCCCGGAAUCUGGCCUUGGCGAAUCGAGAACGUCGCUACCCGGCAGCGGCUGCGAGGAAUAUUAUCAUGACGAAGUGGACGCUCAGCCGCCACUGGGAACAUGCCGGGCGCUUUAUCCUUUCGAUGCAACUAGCGAAGGUUCUAUACCGAUGUACGAUGGCGAAGAGCUAUAUAUGAUCGAGCUGGACCAGGGAGACGGUUGGACUAGAGUGAGACGCAUUUCGCAACCGAUCGAAGGUUUUGUGCCGACCUCGUACAUAGAGUGUCAUCUCUACAACACUUAGCCGCUUCUCCUAGGUUGUUAAAGGGAAUCUGCGCGAUUCGAAAUCGCUCGAAGGAGAUUAUAAACAAAGACGUAUUUGGUGCCGUCGAAGACUUGAGGGUCAUGUGCUGGAUGAAUUGGCACAGGAUGUCGGGAUGACAAGAGCGGAUUGCAGGCCUAAUCAAUACUCUCGAACGAUGGAAAGUCGAAAGAUUCUUAAAUUUGAAGAUGUAAUGAGGAACUUGUGGACGUGGACAGGAUUGCGAAUAUUCACAAAUAAAAUAUAUUACAAAAUUUCUUUUAAGAUUUAUAAGAUUGAUGAAAGAUAGAAGAUAGAAUUCCUUAUUCAUGAAAAAAAUCUUUCAUCAAUCUAAAGAUCCGCAGUCAUAAUCUAUAGAAGUAGAAGCAUCCGCGGAAUCGGAUUAUCGCGUGCUAAUAUUCUCAUAUUCAACGAAAUCGCGAUCACACUUCCAACACAUCUUCUCAAGGAUUCCUGUUCGGUCGAUCGGCCGAUCGAUCAGGAAGAAACAAAGGAACGACACGAUACGAACAAACGCCCCGGCUUUGUGAUCAAUCAGUCUAAUAUAAGCGUAAUAGGAAUAGGAUCGAGCUCAUUUUUGGGCUUAUUAUAGACUCCUAAGAGAUAUAUUUUGCCCUUAUUCGGAUUUAUUUAAUAUAAUAUUUUGUUAUGUAAUAAUUACUCUUGCAAUUAUCUGUUAAAAAGGUAUUUAACAGAUUUUAAUAGCGUAUUAUUAAUAGCGAAUGUAUUAUUUACACUUACGUUUAAAUCAUUAUUUUCGUGAUCUAAAAAAUACGAUUUUUUUUUAUGAAGGCUCGCGGCGAUCAUACAGUCUUACUCGCAUUAUUAUAUUAUUUUAAAGUUAUAAGUUGAUAUUAAUGGCUGUUGAUAAUUAUAAAUGAUAAAUUUUUAACCGCGGCUCUAUUGUUACCGCGAGAAGAAAUUCUGUAUGCGGAAGACCAUAUCGGGACCUGCAUCUUUUUGCGUUUAAUUUGUCGAAAUUACUACUGAUAACAAUAAUUAUUACAUUAUUAAUCUCAAAAGUUUUAAUUAUAAAUACUGUAUCUUGCAGACUGUACACUAUAUUUUAUUGUGUAAAUAAAUAAUUCUCUUUUUUAUUAUUUUUAAUUUGGUCUUAUAUGAAGGGCCACUGUGGCCUCUAAGUCUAUCUACGGCAGGAAACUCAUAAAUUCUGAAGUAAGGGUUGAAUUUAGGCAUCUGGUGUAUGAUAGUGUUACGUCUGAUUAUAUACAUACUC